AAUACCCUCACUUUAUUCGCAAAGCCCUGGGUGUCACCUGUACAACCGAACCCUCAUAAUAUGCAUCUGGAUGCCAUUGGGAUACUUCAGUGUGGGAAAUUCAAAACGGGGGAAUUCCUUUCUCCAGAUACAUGGCAUCCCUUCUGUAGCCAUCUAGCUUUGAUAUCAAAUAUAUAUCCCAGAUUUAAUUGUUUAAAAUUCUUAUGGAUUACCAAUUUGUCAUUGUUCUUCCAACCACUAGCACAUGCAACGUUGAACAGUGCUGACAUCUCGGCCCAGGCACAUAGUGAUCUUCCAGAGUGAUAAACCAAGGUCUCUUAGUUCAAGAAUUCUGUCCCUCUCAGUUUGGGACAAGUGGUGAUAACUGGCAAGUCAACGAACAGGAGGCAUCACACAAUCAUCCCACAUAUCUUUGGAGGUUUCAUGUGGUUAAAAAAAACUUUGCUUUGAACCUAGAUUUUAUGCCCUUCCCACAUGUUGCAGAUUGGAGCUAGGUGCUUAAAAAUGUGAUCUGCAGAUCUCAGUGACUCCUGCUACUUCCUCGAUUUACAUAACAUUAUGGCUUUUUCUUAGUUGUCAGUUUCAAUGUCGGGAAGAGUAUAUGCAGAUACAGUUUUUGACUUGGCUGGUGAAAGUCAGAGUUCGGACCGAGAUGAGGAACCUACUUCCCCAGCACGACUUCACAAGCAUUCUUCUCUUGGUUCAACACCAAACCUGAGACAGAAACCUGAGAGAGACAUGGAAUUCGUGCGAGACAUGAAGAAACAGAAAGCUCUGGAGAAAGAAAUCCGUUCUCUCUUGAAGGAACGUGCUGACCAAGGCAAGAAACUUCAACUCUUGGAGGAAGAGUUCAAAAAGACAGAGCAAAAAUUGGUCACUGCUGUGCGGGAGAAAACAUCACUUACUGCAAGCAUUGCAUCCUUGGAAAGGCAAAUGGCUGACCUCAAUAAGGCAAAUGAGCUUCUGAAAUCCAAGUUUUCUGAUGACAGCUCAAAGCGAAAAAUUAACAGUCUUUACGCAGAACUGAUGGAAGCCAAAAAUAAAAUGGAUGCAAAAGACAAGGAAAUGAAUGGCCUUCAGGCAAGAUUUCAAGGACAAAUCCAGUUACUGCAAGAAAGCUUGGAUGUUUCGAAGGUUGACAUGCAAUCUCUGACGGAAAAGAACAAGCUUCUAGCUGACAGUCAGCAAGACGCCUCUAUGCAUAAAGAAUUCUUGAAGAAAGAGCUUGAUCAAGCACAAGUGUUAAUUGAAGAAUUGAAAGGAGAAAAUAAGAAUCUGGAGGAAUACCUAUCCAGUGCCCAUGAAAAGAUGCAGGAUCUCAAAUUGCAAAUGAGCGCCCAAGAAGGUGAAUAUGAAAGCAAGCUGCAGAUUGCAGCUUCUCAAAUAUCUGAGCAGAUCCUGGCCCUUGACAGACUGGAAGACACUGAACGCAAACUCCUGCAAGCUCAAACAAAGUUAGAUGAAGCUCUACAAAAAGUUAUUCAUCUUGAAGGAGAGCUUGCUGAAACAAAAGAGGAAAGAAACAAGCUGGUACAGGAGAAAGCUGAGACUGAGAAGAAACUGACCGCCACGCUGGAGCAGAUGAGUGAUGUCGUUUUACAAGCUGAAAACUACAAGCUGCUUAUAGACCAAACUGAGGAGCGCUUAAAACAGACGGAGCUGGACAAAGUAAGCCAAAGGGACAACUUCAGGCAAAAAGAAGAGGAGUUAUUAGCCAAGAUGCAAGAACUGGAGGACAAGCACGUUGUACAACUGCAAGAAAAGGCAAAUCUCCUGCUUGAAAGCAACUCCAGAGAGAACAGUUUAUAUGCAGAAUUGGAAGCCUUAAAGCAGGAAGUGAGCCAAGGAGAUGGGCAGCGUCAGACCUUACAAAAACGAGAGGAAGAGCUGAAAGUGCUCCUGCAGAAAGAACUGGAGACCUCCAGUGCACUUAAGCUGGAACUGCAGAAAGUGCAAGAAGAAACCAUGACAGAGAGGAGUCUUCUGGAAGAAGAGCUAGAGGGGGCACUGGAUGAGCUCGAUAGGCUACAACAACAGGAGGAAGAGGCAGAGCGAAUGAUCCUCCAACUAGAGAAGGUGAACAAGGCGAGGGCCAAGGAGCUGGCUCGUCUAGAAGAAACUUUAAAAGGGAAAAAUCUAGAGCUGGAAAAAGCAAAAGAAAACUGCAAAAUAGAAAUUUCACAGCUGAAAGAAGAACAUAACAGCACCCUAUGCAAACUCUCCGAAUAUGAAAGUUUGCAGGUUUCAGCAACAACAGAAAUUGAGUCUCUGAAAUCAACUAAUGCUUCCUUACUGGAGAAGUGUGCUGCAGCCGGAAAUGACAGUAACGUUUUACAACAACAUCUGGAGAGUAAUGUAAAACUCGUACAAGAGUUGGAAAUGCAAAUUUGUAAUCUGAAAGCAGAGUCAAACCAGACUACAGAAGCAUUAAAAAACCAAUUGCUUGAGCUCCAGGAGACAUUGAACAACACUGAAAAAAGAUUUAACGGGCAGCUUGUUGAGCUCCAGGAGGCCGCAGUAAAAAGAGAGGGUGAAUUAAAACAGCAGCUUCUUGCGCUCAAGGAAUCGUCUGCCAAGAAUAGAGAAGCUUUGGAACAGCAGCUUCUUGAGCUCCAGGAGUCCUCAGCCAAGACUAAGGAAGAUUUGGAACAGCAGCUUCUUGAGCUCCAGGAGUCCUCAGCCAAGAAUGGAGAAGAUUUGGAACAGCAGCUUAUUGAGCUCCAGGAGUCUUCAGCCAAGACUAAGGAAGAUUUGGAACAGCAGCUUCUUGAGCUCCAGGAGUCUUCAGCCAAGACUAAGGAAGAUUUGGAACAGCAGUUUCUUGAGCUCCAGGAGUCCUCAGCCAAGAAUAGAGAAGAUUUGGAACAGCAGCUUCUUGAGCUCCAGGAGUCCUCAGCCAAGAAUAGAGAAGCUUUGGAACAGCAGCUUCUUGAGCUCCAGGAGUCCUCAGCCAAGACUAAGGAAGAUUUGGAACAGCAGCUUCUUGAGCUCCAGGAGUCCUCAGCCAAGAAUGGAGAAGAUUUGGAACAGCAGCUUAUUGAGCUCCAGGAGUCUUCAGCCAAGACUAAGGAAGAUUUGGAACAGCAGCUUCUUGAGCUCCAAGAGUCUUCAGCCAAGACUAAGGAAGAUUUGGAACAGCAGUUUCUUGAGCUCCAGGAGUCCUCAGCCAAGAAUAGAGAAGAUUUGGAACAGCAGCUUCUUGAGCUCCAGGAGUCCUCAGCCAAGACUAAGGAAGAUUUAGAACGGCAGACCCUUGAGCUUCAGGAGUCUUCUGCCCAGACUGUGGAAAGACUGGAACAACAGAUUAUUGACAUCAGAGGCACAAAAAAAGUAUUAGAGCAACAGCUGUAUGAACUACAAGAAACCUCAUGCAAAACUAUGGCACACUUGCAGCAGCAGUCUGAGCUUCAGCACACUAAGGAAAUGUUGGAGAGACAACUUUAUGACCUCCAAGAGACAUCAAAAAGGACCACGGAAGGAUUGGAAAAACAACUGUUUGCUCUGCAAGAGUCCUCAAGCAAAACAGUAUUUGAAUUAGAGCUUCAAGUACUUGAGCUGCAGAAAGAGUCUUCCAAAACUAGAAAUGAAAUGGCACAAAAGCAUGAGGAAAUGGUGAGCAAAGAGAAGGAAGCAAUGGAGAAAGAAAUUCAUGAACUGAGAAUUGCGUCUAUCAAAAUCGAGAAAGAACUAGAGCAACUUCAUGAGCUGAGAGACUCUUCAAGAAAAACAAAUAAACGGUUAGAGAAGCAAGUCCAUGACCUUCAGAAGAUGCUGACCAUAAUUGAGCAUGAAUUGGAGGAGAAAAAUAGUGAACUUGAGAGUCUUAAAUCCCAACUCCAAGAGCUACAAGAGGAAUAUUCCAAUAAAGAAUCUGAAUCGGAGACAAUUUUAUCAGAAGUGAACAAGUGGCGUACAAUGUUUGAGGAGCUGCAAAAUAAAGUUCGACCUUUCCAGCAACAAUUAGAUGCGUUUGAAGCUGAGAAAAACGCCUUACUUAAUGAACAUGGAGCAGCACAGGAUGAAAUGAACAAGCUGAGUGAAGCAUAUGCCAAACUGCUUGGACAUCAGAAUCAGAAACAGAAGAUCAAGCAUGUAAUGAAGCUAAAGGCAGAGAACACUCAGCUCAAGCAGGAGAUGGCCAAGCUAAAAGCCCAGCUUUCCAAGGAGAAGAAAACAGAAAAGCUGCUCCAAUCCCAAUUAAAUGACCUACAAGGUGUAAGAAAAUAUGAUCCAUCCAAAGCGUUCCAGCAGGAUGUCAAGGAAAAUGUGUAUCCUAAAGCCCCAUUAAGAGAUGGAAACAGAAACAAGUGCUGAGGAGGCAUUUUCUUUCAGCACGAAACGUAUGGUUUUAAGUGUAGCACUGUAUAUUUUUGUCACAUGAAAUGCGGACUAUAAUAUAAUUAAAUCAUGUAAAUGA